AUGCCCGCUAUGGUUUCCACCUCACAGCCAGUCCAACAGUCCUUCAACCCCUACACAGAGAACGGCGGGACAAUCUUGGCGAUCGCAGGUGCCGACUUCAGCGUUAUUGCUGGUGACACCAGACAAAGCGAAGGGUACAGCAUACAGACUCGAUAUGCUCCAAAGGUCUUCAGACUGACGGAUAAGGCCGUUUUGGCCGUGAAUGGAUUUGCUGCAGAUGGAAACAUGUUCGUAAAGAAAGUGAGGCAGCGUCUCGAGUGGUACCGACAUGCCCAUGCAAAGGACAUGCCAAUUCGUGCUAUCGCACGCCUCAUCCAAACGAUGCUCUACGCUCGUCGUUUCUUCCCUUUCUACGUCUACAACAUCCUGGGCGGCAUCGAAGAAGAUGGUACUGGCGCCGUCUACUCUUUCGACCCUGUUGGGUCAUACGAGCGCGAAGCGUGUCGCGCUGCCGGUGCGGCGCAAUCGCUUGUCCAACCCUUCCUAGACAACCAGAUCUACUUCAAGAACCAAACACCCGCACCAGGAACAGCGUUCCCCAAACAUCUCCCGCUUUCAACUGUCCUGCCCCUCGUGAUCGAUUCGUUUACGAGUGCGACAGAACGACACAUCGAGGUCGGAGAUGGUCUAGAGAUUUAUAUUGUCUUGUCGAAAGGCAGCACUGCUCUUCAAGGUCUCCAAACUGUCCGAGGCGUCCAGGAAUUGACAGCCACUAACGAUGGCGAGAGAGUCUUUGUGAUCAGGAGGGAGUUAAAGAAGGAUUGA